ACUGAGAUGUUUAUAUGUGGACAUAUGAUACAAAAUUUAGUGUCAGUUUGUGCACAUUCUAGGAUAUUCUGUAUAGUGAAAGAAGGGGGUCAUUCAGUAGAAACAACGGUGUUUUUAGGUUCCAAUCUUGUACAGCAAAUGUUUGACGAACGUCAGUUACAGGAACAAAGUCAAGGUGAAUCUUCUCGACAACAUGAAACUCCUACACGGGGUCAUCAUCAUUUUCGGGUUGGAACAUUUUCACUACAUGACACAAGCCAUCUAUAUGAGAAUAAUCCAAACUAUUCGCGGAGAAAUUUGCAUGCAGGAUCUUCCGAAGAAAGAAGUUAUGAGCACACACCAGCCACCAACAGUCCAGGACUAGAAGAGACUAUCGAAGAAUGGCGACCGUCCCAGUUAGUUGCAAUGCCAUCUCGGUACUGCUAUCCACAUCAAUCAUGGAACUUUCCCGGAAUACAAAAUCUGCCCUCGUAUCCACAAGCUCCUCUUUCUUCCGAUUUCUUCACUAUUCUAGCACAAUACCAUGCGUAUGCUGUCAACAGAGCACAAGAAACAAGACAAAGGCGAUGCGAAAGCAUAAAAAAAUACCGGGAGAAAAAAAGACGCCGCAACUCCAGUCGCAUAGUUAAAUACCAAAUGAGAAAACAGCUUGCAGAAAGAAGAAUUCGAGGCCCACGAGGGCGUUUUAUCCGCAAAGACGAAGAGAACCGAAUUCUUCAAAGUCAGCAGCCAACUGGUGGGUCCGUUGAGUCUACAAGAGAACAGUGUUCUUCAGAACAUACCGCGUCCUUUGAGUCUUUUUUGCAACAGAAGAGAGAAGCGUUUGUUUCUCCUAGAUUUUGUUCAUCUCAUCAUAGAAAAUUGGAUGGAACGGGUCGAGAACGACAUGUCGUUGAUUGCAGUUAUAUAUUUGCUACGGAUGCUUCGGAUUAUCCUCCACCUUGGCAAUAUUUUCCUUGAUAUUUCUAUAUCGUCUUGUUUCCAUAGCUAAGUUUUUAAAGCUAAAAUGCUAUUAAAUUGUAGGGUUUCUCU